CUUCAUAGCGGAACACGUUUCUCUUUGGCCAAAGCAACAUGGUUUCACCCUGUGGCCAAUGUGAAUGUAAACAAGCGGCUCACCUCUGAAGCGACAAAUACUGUCCUACCAUCUGAGUCAAAGCUCCAUGGCUUUCAGAGUGUGUAGUCGGUUUUUCAGAGACUCCGCCGUCCUCUCCAGACUGGUCGUCGUGUCUGCUCGACAGGAAAGUGCGUCAUGGCUUCUCACAGCGGGAAACGCUGCCUGCAGCCGAGGAGGGAGGAACACAUUUAUCUUCACUCCUGCUUGCUUUAUUACAUCGGAGGCAUUUCUCAACAGACUGAUGAAAGGCAAAGCAGCCGAGGCAGACGGCAGUUUUUAUCGCCUUCCAGCCUCAGUUCCGCCGGACAGCGGUGAACAAUUAUCUUUGUUACUGAGACAUCCAGAUCAGCCUGACAAGCCAAAGGUUUUAAAAGUUGCCAUAAUAGGUGCCCCAAAUGCUGGGAAGUCCACAUUGUCCAACCAGCUCCUUGGCAGAAAGGUGUUUGCUGUUUCCAAGAAAGUACACACUACGCGGUCACGUGCCCUGGGCGUCCUAACAGAGGAUGACACACAGAUAAUUUUACUGGACACUCCUGGUCUCACCACUGUAUCAAAGGUCAAAAGACACCAGCUGGAGAAGACUUUGCUCGUGGAUCCCUGGAACACAGUCAAAGAAGCCGACCUAAUGGUAGUCUUGGUGGAUGUGGCGGACAGAUGGAUGUGCAGCAGGCUUGACCUGGAGGUGCUCAAAUGCCUGGCCCAGCACCCUGACACCCCUGCAAUCUUGGUCCUCAAUAAGAUAGACCUGGUUAAGGCUAAGGACAGGCUGCUGGAUUUCACAGCAGAGUUGACGUGCGGAGUGGUGAACGGACGCAGAAUGCGGAUCAGGCCAGUGAUCAAGCCUCCAUGGGCUGAGAAGAGGCCAGAGAGGGAGUCCGAGUUGCCGCUGGACGAGGACGCGGGGCCCGAGGGCAGCGCUGAGCCAAACUCUGUGCUGAACAAAGAGCAGCUGAAGGCGCUGAAGAGCCGGCAGGGCUGGCCGCACUUUAAGGACGUCUUCAUGCUCUCCUCUGUGGACCGAGAUGACGUGGAGACGCUGAAGAGCUACUUUAUGGCUGCGGCGAAGCCAGGAUCGUGGCAGUACCACAGUGAGGUCCUGACGGACCAGAGUCCAGAGGAAGUCUGCGCCAACAUCAUCCGAGAGAAGCUUCUGGAGUAUCUGCCCCAGGAAGUGCCCUAUUCAAUGACACAGUCUGUUGAACUCUGGCAGGAAGGAGAAAAUGGCGAGCUCAAUAUUUCUGUCAAACUUUAUGCCAAGAAAGAUACUCAUAUGAGGAUGGUGAUAGGCACAGCCGGCCAGAUGGUAGCGCGGAUGGCCCGAGAGGCUGGUGAGGACCUGAGCCACGUCUUCCUGAGGGAAGUGAAGCUGAAGCUUUCAGUCAAGCUGAGGAAGUGAAGAGGAUGGACGGACUUUAAUGAUGAAGAGGUGGAAACUAGGGCUGCACAAUAUGUUUGUUUUUUAUCAUCAUCCUGAUAUCAACUGGUGUAAUAAUAAACACAUCGCGAAAGACACUCAAAGAAACAUUAAUAGGAAACUUCACUUUCAAAUGUAACUGUAGAUUAUUUAUUUUUUAGUGGUGCCUUUUUAUAUUCAGUUCAAUGUUCAAUUUGUUCAAUAAAACAAUGUUAGAAAUGA